UCUUUCUCACUUGCCGGAAAAUGGUUCCGACCACCGUCUUUCUCUCUCCUCUUACAGAACAAGACACAAACCUCCAAUCCGACGUCGAGAAACCUCAAAUCUCGGCGGAAACCAAUCUCUCUCCCGAGCUAAAAUCCUCCCCUCCGCAAGAAUCUGAGAAAACCUUCACUUCCACAGAAACAGCUUCCGAAGAGCCUCUGGCAGUAGACCCCACCGAUCCCUUACCGGAAAAUCCGAAAAAGUCCAUACGGAUGCAGAUCUGUGACUCCGACGAUGCUUACCCCGAUUCGAACCUCCGGAUCCCAGCGUUGAAGCCGUCGGGGAGCAUGUUCUUUCUGGAUAGCCUAGAUCCGACGCCUUCGCUGGCGAUCCGUUCCAAUGGAACUCUGUCGACGGAGAACAACGUGCUGGUCGAGGAGGCGUGGGAGAAGCUGAGGCGAUCAAUCGUUUUAUACAAAGGCAUUCCCGUCGGAGCUCUGGCAGCUAUCGAGCCAGGCGUCGAAGCCUUGAAUUACAACCAGGUAUUCGUGAGGGAUUUCGUGCCGUGCGGCUUAGCCUACCUGAUGAAGAAAGAACCAGAGCCGGAGAUAGUGAAGAACUUCCUCCUGAAGACCCUCCACCUACAAGGCUUCGAGAAGAGGAUCGAUUGCUUCACCCUGGGGGAGGGCGUCAUGCCCGCCAGCUUCAAGGUCAUGUACGAUGCCAACCGCGCCAUGGAAACCCUCGUCGCUGACUUCGGCGGGACCGCAAUCGGUCGGGUCGCACCCGUUGAUUCGGGCUUCUGGUGGAUCAUACUGCUUAAGUCCUAUACUAAGUGCACCAGGGACCAAGCCCUCGCUGAGAUGCCCGAGGUCCAGCGCGGCAUGAAGCUCAUCCUCAAUCUCUGCCUCUCCGACGGCUUCGAUACCUUCCCCACUCUGCUCUGCGCCGACGGCUGUAGCAUGAUCGACCGCAGGAUGGGCAUCUAUGGCUACCCAAUCGAGAUCCAGGCCCUGUUCUACUUCGCGCUCCGCUGCACGCGGUCUAUGCUGAAGCAGGGGGCGGACGACAAGCAGCUGAUAGAGCGGAUUGACAAGAGGGUGAUGGCCCUCAGCUACCACAUCCGAACCUACUUCUGGCUCGAUUUCCCGCAGUUGAACAACGUGUACCGAUACCGGACGGAGGAGUACUCGCACACGGCGGUGAACAAGUUCAACGUGAUCCCAGACUCGAUCCCGGAGUGGGUUUUCGACUUCAUGCCAAAGCAGGGUGGGUACUUCAUAGGCAACGUCAGCCCUGCUCGCAUGGACUUCAGGUGGUUCCUGGUGGGGAACUGCAUUGCCAUCCUCAGCUCACUCGCGACUCACCAGCAGUGCUUGGCCAUCAUGGAACUGUUCGAGGAGCGGUGGGAAGAUCUGAUAGGCGAGAUGCCGCUUAAGGUCGCCUACCCAGCGCUUGAGGGCCACGAGUGGCAGAUCGUCACGGGGUGCGACCCCAAGAACACGCGGUGGAGUUACCACAACGGCGGGUCCUGGCCAGUUCUUCUGUGGCUGCUGACAGCAGCGUGCAUCAAGUGCGGCCGGCCGCAAAUAGCGAGGCGGGCAAUCGAGUUGGUGGAGCAGCGGAUAUCGGCGGAUGGAUGGCCAGAAUACUACGAUGGGAAGACGGGGCGGUACAUUGGGAAGCAGGCGAGGAAGCUGCAGACGUGGACGAUCUCCGGUUACCUGGUGGCAAAGAUGAUGAUAGAGGACCCAUCGCUCCUGGGAAUGAUCUCUCUGGAGGAGGAUAAGAAGCUGAUAAAACCAAAGCUCACACGCUCUGCUUCCUGGUGACAUAGCUAGCUACACACGCAUCCCUGAAAGAAAAAUGAAAGCUUUUUUAAAAAACAAAACAAAUUGAAAAAAGAAAACAAUAGUAAGUAGCAAAACAAUCGAUUUUGUUUUUUUUUAACCUUCUUUUUGCUCAAAUAACCUGCAUUUUUUUUGUCUUUCGGGGUCGACAGAAAAUGAUUUUUGAUGGACGUAUGAUGAUAGAUAAUUGAUAUUUGAGAGAAUUCCUGCUUUUGAUUUGGA